AUGGAGAUCGCUCGAUCUAGCUUACCUCGAGCUGCAAAAUGCAUCAGAAUAACCGCUGUAGUCAACACCAGACGGUUAUUCACUACUGACCACACAAGACAGGAUCUUCACCAUUCCAAUCCGCAGCACCCAGUUUCCUCGUCGGGGUCCCGUGCCGACCCCGAACCGCCUCCCGACCUUCAACGAGUUGUAAUACUCGGUUCUGGCUGGGGCGGAUUCACGUUCUCCCGCCGCUUGUCGCCCUCGAAGUUCCAGGCGACCGUCAUCUCCCCUCGCUCGUACUUCGUGUUCACGCCGCUCCUGACCGAUGCUGCCGUGGGCUCUCUGAACUUCUCCGAGAUUGUGGAGCCGGUUCGGGACCGCAAAAACCAGAUCAACUAUGUUCAAGCGGCGGCGAGAAGUGUCGAUUUCAACAGGAAGGUUGUCGUCGUCGAGGCGAGCGUUGUGAAGAGCGGUGUUACUGAGUCGCCGAGGGUCGAGCAGGCUAAGAUACAGCAUGGGCAAGGCUCACAGAUAGGCAGUCCCCGGGGGGACGAGAGCCUUCGGCAAUGGGAGGCCGGGCAGCUGUUUGAGGUGCCGUACGACAAGUUGGUCAUCGCCGUGGGCUGUGUCAGUCGCACGUUUAAUACUCCCGGGGUGAGAGAGAAUGCAAUGUUCUUCAAGGACAUCGGGGACGCCAGGAGGGUGAAAAGGCGCAUGCGCGAAUGUUUCGAGCUAGCAGUCAUGCCCACGACCAGUGCCGAGAUGCGAAAGAACCUACUACAUUUUGCCAUUGUCGGCGGUGGCCCGACUGGCACAGAGCUGGCUGCAGCGCUCUGCGAUUUUCUCCACGAGGAUAUGUUUCAGAUAUACCCGCAGCUCAAAGCCGACACCCGCGUGACGCUGUACGACGUGGCCCCGAGCGUGCUGAACAUGUUCGAUAAAUCGUUGUCGGAUUACGCGAUGGGCGUGAUGCGCCGAGAGGGCGUCUCGAUCAAGACCAACCACCACAUCCAAGAACUUCGCUGGGGCGAGCCGCACAGGGAGCCUCCGUCCGAGAUGGAUCCGAAAGGAUGCCUGACGAUCAAGACCAAGGAAGACGGCGAGGAGGGUCUGGGGAUGUGCGUCUGGGCUACAGGCAACGAAAUGAAUAAAUUUGUCAACGAAGCGCUGGGCGAACUUGGGCAAUUUCCUGCGGCGUCGACUACUGGACUGCCUUCCGAUCAAAGGGGUGAUUCGCCAAGGUCCUGGAAAAUAAGAAAAGAACCCAAGACCGGCGCCCUGCUGGUCGAUAGGCACUUGCGAGUUCAACUAGAAUCCGACGAUGGCAGCGCCGCUGUUAUGAAGGAUGUCUUUGCCCUGGGCGACAAUUGCAUGAUAGAAGGCGGCUCUCCCCCUGCCACCGCGCAGGCUACAAGCCAAGAGGCCGGCUGGCUGGCGAAACGGCUCAACAAGGGCGAUCUUGAUAAAAACCCCGGUUUCAUGUUCAAGAACCUCGGCAUGAUAGCCUACCUCGGGAGCUCGAAGGCUCUGAUGCAGGUCCCUAUGGGGGACAGCUUACCAACAGGCAUCAAGGGUCGUACAGCGUGGCUGAUAUGGAAAGGCGCGUACUUGACGAUGAGCUUGAGCUGGCGGAAUCGCUUGAGGAUUUUGUAUUCUUGGCUUUCAAAUUGGGUGUUUGGCCGGGAUAUCUCGAGAUACUAA